UUCUUAAUGUCCUAAUAUAAAUACAAAACUCUUCCAAAAAUCUCACCUCUACGUAAGAGAUUUUGAUAUAUUCCGUGUUUCUCUCCAUCGAAUGUGAACAAGAAAAAGAUAUCAGCCCAAACCCAUAUUUGAACCCGGCCCAUGACCGAUCGUUUCAGCCCAUUUAGUGACUGCACCAAUUGCACACACGGAACGAGAGAGAGAGAGGGGUCCACUCACAGACACGUGAUGCGGAUCUGCUCCUAAUCUGCUGCCACGUGUCCGAGGGUUGAAACAGUCGCGAAGAAAGUCGUAGCUCGCCGGAGAUGGGGAAUUUGUUCACGUUUCAGUCGCCGCCGCCUCCGCCGCCGAUGGUGCUGGUCCCGCCGCUCUUCGAUUUCCCUCCCCUCGCCGCCCGUACGAGAAUGCUGGAAUCGUCUUACGACAUGCUGUUUGGAAAGCUGGCCCUGAAAUGCCUCUUCGAGGACUAUUUCGAAGAAGCGAGGCACUUCAACACGAGAAUUAUGCUCAAGCCGAUUGAUGAUCCGCAUGUCGAUUUGAUUGCGGCUGUUGCUGGUCCACUCGAUUACAAGCCAGAUGAGAAAAUUGCAGCAAAUGCACAGUUUCGUUGGCAAAGUGAUGUUCUCGAUCCUCACACAUUUGUCGAUCUCUCUGUUUCAAACUCAGAUCCAACUUUAAUGAUGAGAUCCUGUGCAUACUACCCCAAGUUUGGAUUUGGAGCAUUUGGCAUCUUCCCACUUCUUUUAAAACAAAGAAAUUCUUCUGAAGAUUAUGGCAUCAUGGGUUUGAGAUAUGGGUCUUCUAAUCUUUCAGUUGGAGCUACAUUUGUCCCAUUUCCUGCAGCAACUGAUGAACUCCCUAAAAAGGCAUGGUUAGUAAGUAAGAUGGGAAGGUUAACUGCUGGAGUGCAAUACGAACCAACAUUUGGAAGCACAGACGGACCUAGAUACAAAAACUUAGCAAAUUGGAGCUGUGCAAUGGGUUAUGGACUAGGAUCAGGCAGCCCAUUGAGCCCAUCAUUCAACUUUGGACUCGAACUUGCUAAAAACUCCCAGUUCAUUGCUUCUUUCUACCAGCAUGUGGUCGUCCAAAGACGGGUUAAAAAUCCAUUGGAGCAAAAUGAAGUAGUUGGAAUCACGAACUACAUUGACUUUGGUUUUGAGUUGCAGACAAGGGUUGAUGAUGCUCAACAAGCAAACAAUAUUCACGAUUCCAGUUUCCAAGUUGGUGCAUCUUGGCAAGCUAAUAAGAACUUUUUAAUAAAGGGUAAGGUGGGACCUCUAAGCUCCUCAAUAGCCUUGGGUUUUAAGUCAUGGUGGAAACCUUCUUUUACAUUAAGUGUGUCAGCUGUUAGAGACCGCACAAAGAGGGUGACAGCUUUUGGUCUCGGUAUCCAAAUCGACAAUAUUCGGGAAGGAAUGUAUGAGAGGGCUGAUCCCAAUUUUGUGAUGCUGACGCCAAGCAAGGAGCAUCUUGCUGAAGGCCUUCAGUGGAAAAUUGGGGAGAGACCGCUAUUUGAAUCAGAUGUUACUUCUGGCAAUUUUAAUGGCGUGCCCAAGGAAUUAAGGCCCUUAAACAAAAUGCUGUGAUCGACUGAUCAUGACGUUGUCUCUCUCUCUCUCUCUCAAAUACACUAGGAAUUUUAUAUCUGUUAGAAUAGAGAUUAUAUUUGUUUUCUAAUUAUUCUGAUGAAGGAAUCUUCUUCAAAAUGUUAGUCCCCCCCCCCCCCCCACCCCCAUCCCCCUAUUUUUAUACGCAGAAAAUAGAAAAUGUCACUCCAUAUUUCGCAAUGGAACUUUCGACUGUCUCAAUGUUGGGAGCUCACUAGUUGAUCUGCUAUCCUUAUUUUUGAAAGAAAAUAAAAAAGAAUUCCAAAAUUUGGUGAUUACAUAAUAUUAGAUGCGCAGAAAUUUAAGAUUUUGGUAGCGGUCCUCCAUGAUUUGGUAUCACUUUUGUUAUUUUUCCUAGUAAGUUUUUAACUUGCUAUCGUAAUUGAUACAUCAUAGAAUUAUCCAUAUCUCGAAAUAUUAUCGCAAUCUAUAGUAUAACGUACUCGCAGAGAUGGUCAUGAGAAUUUUGAUUCUGCAUUUUGGUGAAAUACUUAUCAUUCUCCAACACAAAAAAAAGGAAAAGGAUUUUUAGCACUCAUUUUCUUUCCACAAAAGUAAUUAUUAUUACUGGCAGAUUAUGGAUACAGAGAAACCCCAUCACUCUGCAGAUUGGCAUCAUACCAAUUUUCCUAAAAGAGCUUCCAGUGCAUAAUUGUGGCCACAUCUUUUACCUAUCAAAAAUAGCCAAAAUAAACCAAAAAAACGCCCACAAUAAAUACAUACCCGAAAUCUCAACUCUUAUUUGAUAAACGAAAAAAAAGGUUAUACUAUAUUAUGAUACAAACGAAAAAGGAGUCUCGUCCUUACAUUUAUUACCAAUUUUUGUGAUAUACGAGGAAAUAAAAAUACAAAGGCAAGAUUGUAGGAUGAUGAGAGAGAGUAUGACUUUAUAAAUUAAAGUUCAUACAGAGAGAGAUGGCGAUAGGUUGAACUCAAGCCCCCACAGCUCGAAACUUCCCUUGACAAAAUCGUAGUAGCCACCCUUCAAUGAAAGAGUCUUCUUCACCAAUCCUUCCCUCACAAAUGGGUAGGAGAGGAGGUUUCCCAGCGACACGUUCACCGCCUCCU